AUGGUAUCGCAUUACGAAUAUGUCGCACCAAUUUUUAAAAAUGAACGUACAACGUUCGAGCGAAUCGAAAAAUUCAUCUCGAACGAUUAUUUCGCGGAUUGCAAUUUGCGCGGUCGCUUAUAUCGUUUCCCUCGGGCAGUUUCGAUUAAGCACUACUCAUCCGAGGAAGUAUCGACUAUCUCGUUCAAUGAUGCCGUUCAGUUUUUAAGUUCCAAAGGAAAGCAAGUGGAUAUCGGAUUUUCAUUCGGUCCAACAUGGACGAUUCAUUGGUUCGAAGUAAUUUGCGAAGUACCAAGGGAAUGGGAAAGCGAAAAUUUGGUUCUUCAGUUCGAUGCGGGUUGUGAAGCUUUGGUUUGGGACUCGAAUGGAAAAGUAAUUCAAGGUUGUUCUCCCGAUUUUGGCCGUAUCGAUAUUGCGAUUCCAUCUGGGCAGUUGACUCAUAAAUUUUAUAUCGAAGCAUCUGCGAAUGAACGAAAUGGUGAUGGUGAUGGUGGUGCUAUUAGACCUGCAAAAUUGAAUAAAUUUUUUGAGCUUAAAAAAGCGUGUAUUUGUAUAUUUCGUCCCGAUAUUUAUGAUCUCUUAAUAAAUUUUGAAAUUUUGCUGGAAAUGGCUGAACACCUACCGAAAGAUGGUUUAAGACGCUAUGAAGCUUUAUACACAGCUAAUGAUAUGAUUAAUCAAUUGGUUUUAUUUGAUUUCUCAUCAGAUAUAAUUCAAAAAUGCCAUGAAAAAGCGAUGAAGUUUUUCGCACAACCAAAUGCACCAAGUCAAAUCACUUUAUAUGCAAUCGGCAAUUGUCACAUUGAUACGGCAUGGCUUUGGAGUUUUGAUGAAACGAAACGAAAAUGUGCAAGAAGCUGGAGCAGUGUUCUAUCGUUGAUGAAAAAGUAUCCCGAGAUGAAUUUUGCUGUUUCGCAAGCUCAGCAGUUAUUAUGGUUGUCUGAAGAGUAUCCUUCGAUUUACGAAGAUAUAAAAGACCUUUCUUUGGAUGGACAAUUUAUUCCAGUUGGUGGUAGUUGGGUUGAAAUGGAUGCAAAUAUACCAAAUGGUGAAAGUUUAUUGAGGCAAAUUAUAUAUGGACAAAAAGAAUUUCGGAAAAUUUUCAAAAGUUUAUCGAACAUAUUCUGGUUGCCAGAUACCUUUGGAUUUUGUGCACAACUUCCACAAAUCAUAAAACAUUGUGGUAUGUCUUAUUUUGUUACUCAGAAAAUGAGCUGGUCAUUGGUUAAUAAAUUCCCGCAUAAUUCCUUUCGAUGGAUUGGUAUUGAUGGAAGUGAAGUGUUGGCUCAUUUUCCUCCUCAUCACUACGUUGCAAAGAUUACGGCCAAGGAAUGUUUGGAAUCAGCAAGAAAUUUUUUGGACAAGGGUAGAUCGAAAAUUGCAAUGAUGCUAUAUGGUCAUGGUGAUGGUGGUGGUGGACCAGAUGAAUAUAUGCUUAAACGAGCAGAACGUCUUGUUGAUUGUGAUGGUAUUCCUAAAAUUUUAAAUGGUACACCAAAUGAUUUCUUUCAUGAGCUCGAAAAAGAUUUGCCCAAUCUUUGUACGUGGAAAGGCGAACUUUAUUUAGAACUGCAUAAUGCAACUUAUACCACACAUUCAAUUUUGAAAAAAAUGAAUAGAAAACUCGAAAGUUUAUUAAGAGAUCACGAAUUUCUGCAGACUUUACUGUUAGUGGAAGAAGGACGAUUUACUUCUCUUGAAAAUGCGUGGAAAAAUGUUUUGUUGAAUCAGUUUCAUGAUAUUUUACCUGGAACUUGUAUUAAAGAAGUUGUAGCUGAUGCAGUGCGAAUUUAUAAUUGUUGCUUUGAUAGAUUAGCGGUACAUGACGGUUCGGUAUUAAAAAUGAUAGACACCGUCAAACAAGAAUCAUCUGAUAAUUGGUUUUUAAAUAGUUGUACUUGGACGAGAACAUUUUGUCACGACGGACAAUUGUAUAAUAUAUCUCCCUUAUCAGUUUUUCAUCUUAAUUCACUACAUUCGGUACCUUUUAACUAUAAUAAACGAUUAGCUACUGUGGACGAAAAUAAUUUCAAACUUAAUAACGCCUUUUUAUCUGCAACUUUUGAUAAGCUUGGCCGAAUUAUGAAUUUGGUUAUUUAUUCAAAUGAAAAUAGUGUCAACAAAACAUUUAAUGUGAUAAAUCCUGGUGAAUUGGCUAAUCAAUUCUUGGUUUACGAUGAUGUUCCACUUUUUUGGGAUGCAUGGGACGUAAUGGAUUACCACCUUGAAACUAAAAAAGAAAUUGCGGAGGGAGUAUCAGCGGCCAUUGUUGAAAAUAGUGAUUUUUAUGCAGUUAUUCAUUUUGAAUUAAAAAUUAGCCCGAAAAGUUAUAUUAUACAAAAAGUUUCAUUACGAGCUGAUCUUCCUUAUAUUGUUUUUGAUACUACAGUAGAAUUUCCUGUGAACAUAAAUAAUUCAGAAGCAUUGUAUGAAAUUCCAUUUGGGUUUAUUGGAAGAACUACAACAAAAAACACAACAUGGGAUUCAGGCAAGUAUGAAGUUUGCGCACAUAAAUGGAUGGUACUUUCUGAAUAUAAUCGGGGUGUUGCAAUUCUGAAUGAUUGUAAAUAUGGUCACUCGUGUGAAGGAAAUGUUAUGCGUUUAUCUUUACUCCGAUCAAGUAAAUCUCCAGAUGAUGAAGCAGAUAUGGGCGAUCAUAAAUUUUCAUACGCUUUAUAUCCAUUCAUUGGACAGCUACAACAGCCCUAUAAUAAUACGAAAUUGAAUAUUGUACGUGCAGCAUUUGAAUUUAAUAAUCCUAUUCGCCGCAUUCAAAACUGGACAGUUGGGCGUGAUGUAACAAAUGUUUUAAGUGUAGAGGGUGACGAAGGAAUAUUUUUGUCGUCAAUAAAACCAGCGGAAAUUGAGCCAAAUGCAUUUAUAAUUCGUUUAUUUGAAUCGUUUGGUGGUGCCGCGUCGAUAAAGUUAUUUGUAAAGCAUGCUCGAAUUGUUUCGGUUGAUUUAUGUGAUGCAUUAGAACAGUCAAUUUCAAAUAUACCUAUUGAAAUGGAACUACAUGAAGAAUCCCAUUCCAGUGAAUAUAUUUCGUUAGAAUUUCGAGCAUUUGAAAUUAAAACGUUAUUAGUUCGUUUAUAUGCUGUAUAG